AUGCUACGAAAUUUUUUUGGUGCGAACAAUGAAUUAAAGAAACUAUCGAAGCAGGUAACUGAUAUGAUAAAACGCGAAAAGGUUCAACAAUUUUUGUUAACCAAGGAGGUUAAUUGGCGCUUCAUACUGCCGAGACCUCCUCACUUUGGAGGAGUCUUGGAGGCUGCAGUAAAAUCUUUUAAACACCAUUUUGUUCGAAAAGCUGGAACCACAUUGCUCACGUAUGAACAGUUUCAUACAUAUGUCGUUGAGGUCGAAGUAAUCCUCAAUUCGCGUCCACUCACCUUAUUGUCACCCGAUCCAAACGAUAUCAUCUCACUCACCCCAGCUCAUUUCUUAAUUGAAAGUUCUUUGACUGCUUUACUGCAAGAAGAAUUACGCGUUGUUACAGAAUAUCGCCUAAACUGUUGA